CCCUCUACUUCUCGCACAGUUUUUAUGUUGUAUACAUGGAAGACAUAAAAGUCAUACCCCCCAAGGACUUGAUGUUAUCCUAGUCGGACCCAAAGGAUCCGGCCGUACCGUACGCACCCUCUUCAAGGAGAGUUGUGAGAUCAACUCCAGUGCAGCUGUCUUCCAGGACGUCACUGGUAAACCCGUGGAGAAGGCUUUGCCAUUGGUGUCGCUAUCGGAUCAAGAUACAUGUACGAAACCACCUUCGAGAAGGAGGUUUACUCCGAUCUCUAUGGAGAACGUGGUGUGCUCUUGGGUGCCAUCCAGGGUCUGUUCUACGCGCAGUACAAGGUACUCCGUGCCAAUGACCACUCACCUUUGGAAGCCUUCAAUGAAAACGUCGAGGAGACUACUCAAUCCCUGUACCAUUUGAUUGGACAGAAGGGCAUGUAUUACAUGUACAACACCUGCUCCGCAACCGCUCGCUGCGGUGCGCUUGAUUGGGCACCCAUCUUUGAAAAGACCAACACGCCUAUCGUUGAGCAGUUGUACGAGAGUGUGCGGAAUGGUACGGAGACCCGCAAGGCUCUCGAUUUUAACGGCCGCUCGACGUACCGCCAAGAUCUUGCCAAAGAACUGAAGGAGAUCGACGACCAGGAAAUUUGGCGGGGGUGA